CUGUCAUUACUUUUUGUUUGUUUUAGAUUCAUGGGCAACUCCAAUCGAUAAGUUAAUGAUAUGGAAAGGAAGUUGGCAAAAAUAUGAUUCAAAACUAAGUAAUGUUUUUCUCCGAAUUCAUUUCGAUCAACUCAUAAUAUCAGCUGACACGAAAAUAUUAGAGUCGUUUAAUAUGCAACAUAAAAUUAAAGGAAUUUAUAAAGAAGACGUUCUAAUUCUAAUCGUCAACAGUAUUUCAAAGGAAAUAAGAAAAAUAAAAUUUCAAAUAAAAUCUAAUUUAGUACAGUGUCUUCAGUCGCUUGGUCAGCAUUUUCCAGUAAUAAGCCAUAGUAAUAUGCAAGUUAAUGUUAUUAACACGAAGUACCGCAAUAUAGAUGAUGUCUUAAAACAUGCUUUAGAAAAUAAACAUCAUGAAACGAGUUCGUUCACUGUACCAAACAGUUUUAAUAAUUUCAUUAAAUCGUGUUUAAUGGAUCCCACUUUCCCUCAAUUAGUAUUUGAAGCUGAAAAAAUUAUUAACAACGAGAUUGUGCCACAACAAUAAACACAUUUUUAAAAAAAUACUACUUACAAAAAUUUUCUCGAGGAACGCAUCGAUUAGAUGACUUUUAUUAUCUGUGACAUUGUCUGUUUUGAAUUUUGAAUUUCAAACGGGAACUGUCCGAUUUGUUGUGAUUGUAGAAAAAGUGGAGUUAAAAAUAAAUGAAAACAUUACUUUUCUUUACAUAGUUUAUUUCUUUUGAUAAUUCUGUUCAAAAAUGAAUCCUAAUAGAUAUAUUCCUGGCCAAUCCAGUGCGUUACGGAAGUCAAGGCUUGAAGGAAAAGUGUCCUUACUGCCUAAACCGCGGCGUCCUGGAUCUACGGACCGUCUAUCAACGGAAGCUCGGCGUCCUAGUACUGCAGGACAUCGGUCCAGCAGUGCGGAGCCUGCUAGAGGAACGUUUGGAGCCGGGAGACUUAGCAGAGAGGCUUCUGCUACUAAGUUACCUUUGAAUGGAAGAUCCCGAUCUCAGCAAGCUGAUAGGUUUGGCCAAUCUUCCAUGACACCACUGAGGUCCAGCCAGUAUGCAGCCAGACCGACUACUACACCUGUUCGAACACCAUCAGAAGAUCGAGCAAGCAGGAACUGGCAAACUUCUCUAGACAGAGCUUUGGCUUUUGUUACCAUCAAGGAUCAGAGACCUAUCUCAGCAGUAGCAUGGCAGCGCGCGGAGUGCAGCCGCGUGGGCGACGCGCUGUCGGCGCGCGGCGGCGGCGGCGCGGCGCCCGCCAUGGCGCUCAUACGGCCGCUCACCAUCGCACGCUUUGUGGACAUCGCCUCAGCAUUGCUCUCUGCUAUAACUAGGGAUACUAAGCUCAACACUGAUAAUUAUGUUACUAAGCUCCCACAUCUAUCGAAGCGCCUCUUGUACCCGGGCACAGUCUCCAAGUCCUGGCUGAAGACAGUGAACACUCUCCACGCGUUCCCACACGCUUUAGCGCUCAUUGCGUACUUAUUAGACCUUGUCAACCAUAUUGAAAUGCCAAUAUCUGACGACACACUAUAUGUUGGAAAAGAUGAGUUUGCGUGUCUUCGUAGAGACUACCUGUACAAAUGCUGGAUCAGGUUCCAAGAACCAGGUCAUCAGUUUGCAGACUUAGAUGAAGAGUACUUGCAGAAUCUAAAAAUCCUUCUUGGCAAUGACGAGGAAAAGAUUGCAGAGCUAAAACAGAUAAUCAAAAAAUACGAAACUUGUCUAGAAGAUGAAGUCGAAGCAGCAGCUCGUGCAGACGAAGCAAGACGUGCGGAGCGCCGUGAAGCGUUGCUGGGAGGCCUGCGAGCGUUGAAGGCGGCGCGCCGAGCCAACCGAGCCGACUACGACGCACAGAGCACGCUCAAAACUGAUUACGUGGACGCCAUCAAACAACUUGAUACUGAGAUUGAGAGAGCUACUGCAGAGAGUCAGCAGUUGAAGCAGGAGUUGGAGUCCCAGCCACUGAGUGUGGAGCAGCGCACCAAGUUGUUGGAUGAAGUGGACUAUGCUCUCAGGGUGCAAGACUCCAAGCGAUCACUUGCUGAACAAAUUGGAAAGAUGGUCCUCACCAAAGAAACGGAGUUAGCUCUGUGGCAGAAGAAGACCCUGGACAGCUGUGUGGAGUAUAAACAGGGACUCAUUCAUCUGUCUGCACAGUUCCCUGACCUCGUGUCACUGGCUAUUGAUGAAAAAGAGCUGAUGAGUGCGGAGUGCGCCGUGCGAGUGAGCUGUGGGCUGGAAGCACUGAAGGUGCUGGCCGCCAGCCUCGCGCAGCGGAGGCACCAUCACGCUAGGGAGAAAACUGCACUGGCUAGGAAACGAGCUGCGUUACUGGAUGAAACUCGUGCAAAAAUCCGUGAGAUGAAGACAACAGUCCAACGAGAACAGGACAUGUUGGACAGUGAGACCAGUAAGGAGGCGGACGAUGUAGCCGCUACUGCUGCAGAGCUCAGGGAACUCAAUGCAAGAAUGGAGGAACUCAAGCUGCAGCAGGAAGAGUACAAUAGGACUGAGAAUGAACUACAGUUCUGGGAACAACAGAAUGAAGCUUGGCGCACCAGAUUAACAGCUUUACAAGAAUACAUAGAAGCGCAGCGCGCUGAAGCAAAGCGAGUGUUAGACACCGCGCGGGAGAAGAGAGUCAACCUUGUUGUCAACAGCAUACAACAGUGGAAUGAGAAGCUGGCACAGUGAUGUCAUAAAAAUAGGUUUAGUUUUAUAUCAGUAAUAUAAUAUGACUUUUAUUAAUUAUGUAACUAUGUAUAUGACCUUUACUGUUGGUGAUUCAGACCCAUGAACCAAAUACAAAGCUCAGACCUCUCCAGAAGAGGUUCAUAUUGAAUUUAAAUACACAUUUCAUGAUGAAUUCCCACAGAAAUUAAGAUGCAGUGCAUUUGUAAAUAAUUGUAAUUUCAUUGUAAUAGAAUAAUUGAGGCAAAAUGUAUAAUUAAGUUUAUGAAAGUAAAAUAAAACCUGUAAUUUUACUAACA